GGAGCGUCGCUGUUAACUGUCGCAUUUCUCAUUGUCACGGACUCACGCGUCUCUUCUGUAGAAUUAGGUUGUGGUUGUGCGAUCCGUGGCUUUUACACCGAAAGGUUUCCUCAUCGGAUUCUGUGGAGGAACUGUUUCCCGGGACCGGACGAACCAGAAUAAGUAAGACUCUAACGAGAGGACAUGCCGCUGUCUGGGUGGGUGUGUAUAGUAACAGGGGCCUCCAGAGGCAUCGGCAGAGGAAUUGCCCUGCAACUCUCUGAGGCCGGAGCAACUGUCUACAUUACAGGCCGCCAGGAGAAGACUCUGAAUCAAACAGCUGCUGAGGUGAAAGCCAGAGGUGGGGACUGCUUGCCUGUUAUCUGUGAUUCCACAAAUGAUAAAGACAUCGAGAAGCUCUUUGAACGGAUUAAACGUGAACAGAAUGGCCGGCUGGAUAUCCUGGUCAACAACGCCUAUGCUGGAGUACAGGCUAUUUUUGAAAAUAUGGGGAAGAAGUUUUGGGAAACUGAUCCUUGUAUUUGGGAUUCAAUCAACAACACAGGCCUCAGGGGACACUAUUUCUUCUCUGUUUAUGCAUCCCGUUUAAUGGUGGCUCAAGGUCGUGGAUUGAUUGUGAACAUUUCAUCAAUGGGAGGGCUGCGCUACCUCUUUAAUGUGCCUUAUGGUGUCGGGAAAGCAGCAUGUGACAGGAUGGCAGCAGACAUGGCUGUGGAGUUAAAAAGCAGGGGUGUGGCUUCUGUCAGCCUCUGGCCGGGAGCCGUUCAGACAGAGCUCAUAACGCAGUUUGUCCUCGAGAAAGACACUCCACAGGGCGUAAAUUCAAAGUAUAAAGAGAUGUUCGAAAGAGGAGAAACCACUGAACUCAGUGGGAGGUGCAUUGUCGGCCUCGCUAAAGAUAAGAGUCUCAUGUCUCUGACUGGAAAAGUGCUGAUGACUUGUGACCUGUCGAGGCGCUACGGCAUAAAGGAUGUUGAUGGGCGAAGUGUAGUGGAUUACACUUCCAUAAAAUUCCUCCUGACCCAGGUCCCGUAUCUGUCCUGGCUCUCGGUCGUUGUCCCUUCAUUCCUUCGGCUCCCACGUUUUGUGCUGACCCUGGCCAGCGGCCGCUUCUGAACAUUUCCACUAACAACAUCAAUUUAUUUUUGAGUAUCACUACAGUAAACUGACUCAUAUCACCUAAAUGUAUAAAGCUUGGUCUAAGUUUUUGGAUCAGGAACUACCUACUAAAGUGAAAGUGAAACAACAGUAACAGAAAUUUAUUUUGUGAUUUCAUGUUUUUUACUUGAAAAUUCAAUGAAUGUGGUUCUAUGAAGUUUGUCAUUUUAUACAUGAAGGAUGCAUAUUACUAGCAUAGUUUAUGUAAUAAAUGUUAAUACUUAACCUCAGUUAAAAGCCACACAAUGUGAAAGUGGGAAUAUUAUCACAUUGUGUAAAAAUAGGAACUAUCUAUUGUAUAUUAAAUGUAUUUUAUUGAAGUGAAGGUAAUGUAGGAAAAAUUCUUAUAUUUCUACUGUAUGUAACCUAUAUAUACACCCCAAUUAUAUUUGACCAGCUAAGAAAUAAAGAAGGUGCAACUCA